AUGAGCGUGACGCGUCAUGGGGUCCGUAAAUCAGAUACCGAAUACCAACGGCCAAGAUCAUUUCAAAGUAAAUUUGAGGAAAUGGCAGAAAGUGAGGAUAUUCAGCCUCUUGUUUGUGACAAUGGUACCGGAAUGGUCAAGGCUGGGUUUGCUGGAGACGAUGCACCGAGGGCUGUUUUCCCUAGCAUUGUGGGUCGCCCACGCCACACCGGUGUGAUGGUUGGUAUGGGUCAAAAGGAUGCAUAUGUCGGGGAUGAGGCUCAAUCAAAGAGAGGUAUUUUGACUUUGAAAUAUCCAAUUGAGCAUGGUAUUGUUAGCAACUGGGAUGAUAUGGAGAAGAUUUGGCAUCACACCUUCUACAAUGAACUCCGUGUGGCUCCUGAAGAGCAUCCGGUUCUCCUUACAGAAGCUCCUCUUAAUCCCAAGGCCAAUCGUGAGAAAAUGACCCAGAUCAUGUUUGAGACCUUCAACACUCCCGCAAUGUAUGUUGCUAUCCAGGCUGUCCUUUCCCUUUAUGCCAGUGGUCGUACAACUGGUAUUGUUCUGGACUCUGGAGAUGGUGUGAGUCACACAGUUCCCAUCUAUGAAGGCUAUGCCCUCCCACAUGCCAUUCUGCGUCUUGACCUGGCAGGUCGUGAUCUCACCGAUGCCCUCAUGAAAAUCUUGACUGAGCGCGGUUACUCUUUCACCACCACAGCAGAGCGUGAAAUUGUAAGGGACAUGAAGGAGAAACUAGCCUACAUUGCUCUUGAUUAUGAACAAGAGCUAGAGACAGCAAAGACCAGCUCAUCUGUUGAGAAGAGCUAUGAGCUGCCAGAUGGGCAGGUUAUCACCAUUGGAGCUGAACGUUUCCGGUGUCCCGAAGUCCUCUUCCAACCAUCCAUGAUAGGGAUGGAAGCUGCUGGCAUACAUGAAACCACAUACAACUCUAUCAUGAAGUGUGAUGUCGAUAUUAGGAAGGAUCUCUAUGGCAAUAUUGUCCUCAGUGGUGGCUCUACCAUGUUCCCAGGCAUUGCCGACAGGAUGAGCAAGGAAAUUACAGCAUUGGCUCCCAGUAGCAUGAAGAUUAAGGUGGUUGCACCACCAGAAAGGAAGUACAGUGUCUGGAUAGGAGGCUCCAUUUUGGCAUCCCUCAGCACCUUCCAGCAGCUGCUUGUUGAUCAUUAUGCUAAUGACAAUAGACCCAGCACAAGUAGUGCAUGGACAAUGGUCGUUUCAGAAGCAUCUCUUAAGAUACACGAUUGUCGAUGGCCCAGCUAG